UCAUCCCAUGUCUCGUCUUAUCGUAAAGAACUUGCCCGUAUAUCUCACGCAGCAGCGUCUGCGUUCACACUUUGAGGCUUCGGAUGGACCAGGCAGCAUGUUGACGGACGUGAAGCUGGUCCUUAAUGCGGAUGGCACUUCACGUCGAUUCGGUUUCAUUGGCUACAAGACACCUGCCGAGGCGGAACGCGCUAAGAAGUGGUUCAACAGGACCUUCAUCGAUUCGUCUCGUAUCACAGUCGACAUAGUAGACGGUGUGAAGGAUGCACCACCUUCACGGCCAAAUAAGCGUCCCAGGCUUGGGCCCUCGCCUGCAGAGGCGCAGAUCACUUCCGAGAUAAGUGCCGAUGCGAAGGGUUCGAAGAAGAAGACGAAAGUCUCGAAGGAGCAGUCGGACGCGAAAAAAAAUGAGUUCAAUGAGUUCAUGCAAGUGAUGCAGCCUCGCGUGAAGAAGGGCCCGUCAUGGGCCAAUGAUGCUGUCGCCCCUGUGCCGGGGCCAUCCACCUUGAAGUCGGCGAAUGAUGCUAAGGUUGAUAGCGAUUCUUCGCGUGCCACUAAGAACAAACAGUCCAAGAAACUCGCCGAAGUUGAGGACAACGAGAAGGCGCCAUCACCGGAAGAGGCGGCUACAUCUGAGGCGAUAUCAGACAUGGAUUGGUUCAAGCGGCAUACCAAGUCCGCACUCGACGAUCCAGAGCUUGAGCCGCAGAGGGUGUUUGAACAGUCCGAUGACGAAGACGACCUUGCGGCAUCGAGCGAGCAUGAUGAGGACAAAUCACCUCCUUCUGAUCCCGUAAAAGACACGAUACUACAAACAUCGCGUCUGUUCUUGAGGAACCUCGCCUUCACUUGCACGGAAGAUGAACUACGAGAGUUGUUUCAGAGUCACGGCGAAAUCUCUCAGGUUCAUAUUCCGUUGGAUCCAACGUCGAAGCAACCGAAGGGACUUGCCUAUGUCACAUUUGCGAAGCCUGCAGAUGCCCUGGCAGCCUUUGAAGCGCUGGAUAAGUCAUCGUUCCAGGGUCGUUUGCUGCAUAUCCUUCCAGCGGUGGAUCGUAAGGGGAAGGUGGAUGAUGAUAGUAGUGGGAGAAGGAAAACCUUGAAGGAUGAGAGGGAGGUGAAGCGGAAAGCGGGUGCAGGGCGUGAAUUCAACUGGGCUAUGUUGUACAUGAAUAGCGAUGCUGUGGCGUCUUCCAUCGCAGACCGUAUGAAUAUAGCCAAGUCGGAGAUCCUCAACUCAGAGUCGGACAAUGCGGCGGUCAAGCUUGCGCUUGCAGAGACGCACAUCAUCAACGAGACGAAGGCGUUCCUCGAACAGCACGGCGUGGUGCUCUCGUCUCUGACUUUGACAAAGCAGAAGCGGUCAGACACGGUGAUCCUGGUGAAGAACAUCCCCUAUGGCACGUCCGCAGAUACGCUGCGCACGAUGUUCGGCUCGCACGGCGAGCUACGACGCGUGCUUGUCCCUCCAGCAGGUACACUCGCCGUGGUCGAGUACGAACACGCGGUCGACGCCCGCACCGCCUUCCGUGCACUAGCCUACAGGAGAUUAGGAACUUCCAUCAUGUAUCUUGAGAGGGCGCCACUGGGGAUGUUCGCAGGGCCACCCGUCGACGCGGCCGAGACGACUCGAGAACCGGUGGUGGCCACUGCAGUCGCGCCCGUCAAAGUGCCGAUCAGCGCGGACGCGCUCGUCGAGACGGACGGCGCGACAGAGGCCGAGCCGCCGCUCUCCGCGGGGACGACGCUCUUCAUCAAGAACCUCGCGUUCAGCACGACCACCGCUGGGCUCGUGCACGCGCUGCGGCACCUGCCCGGGUUCGCGUUCGCACGUGUGCAGGCAAAGGUGGACCCCGCGCGGCCGGGCGUGCGCCUGAGCAUGGGCUAUGGCUUCGUCGGCUUCCGCACGAAGGACGAGGCGAAGCGCGGGAUGAAGAGCCUGGAGGGGUUCGUGUUGGAUGGGCACGUGCUCACGGUGAAGUGGGCCGGACGCGGGGUGGACGAGGUGGAGGAGGAGGCGAAGGGAAAGCCCAAGUCGGCCAAGAUGGUCGUGAAGAAUGUGCCGUUCGAGGCGACCAAGAAGGAUAUUCAGGAGCUUUUUGGUGCGCACGCUCAGCUCAAGUCGGUCCGUCUACCGCGCAAGUUCGACCGUCGCACGCGCGGUUUCGCCUUCCUGGAGUUCAUCUCGCCGCACGAGGCCGCGCGGGCGUAUGCGACGCUACGGCACACGCAUUUGCUCGGUCGGCAUCUCGUUCUGGAGUGGGCGGAGGAUGGCGCGGCCGAUGUGGACGAGUUGCGGAAAAAAGCUGGUGUUGGGUUCGGUGGAGGGAAGGAGAUGCCGGGACGGAAGCGGAAGCUGGACCUCGGGAACGGAGAUGUAGAGGACGACCUAUGAGCCCGUUUGUUUAGACGCACCCGUCAGACUAGGCCAGCAACUGAACAUAUACAGUCGAGCAGCAUGAGGGACAGAUUGAACGUUCGUCAGAAACACACAUGUGGUAAUAUACAGGUUUGCUGUCCGAAGUCCUUUUUGACUUACACUUGUACAGUUUGAUAGAUUCCAGCACGCCUCAAGUCAUCUUGGCCUCGCUUUCACACCUCGCCAUCUCGUUUCUUUCUCAACUCCUCCAGGAUGCCCUUCACACCUUCAAGGUCACCGACCGCAGCUCUACCGUCGUUCCAGUCGACCACGAUCGGCCAUUUCAGCGCAUUCGGA